AUGGGCAGCUAUCAGCAUGCUAAUUAUUAUACAGGUUCUUGGUGGCGUCGGCUAAUUUUAUUUGUCAUCUGGCUUCCUAGUUUCUUAAAUGUGACAGCACAAGAAUCACACGCCGACCAUAGGCGAACCACUUCACUAGUUGAGUUAGCCAACGAACCUACUUCUGGAGAUUCCGGGCUCUUUGACCCCAUUGAAAUAUCACCUUCCGUUAUGCCUAAAGUUCCAUUUCCCACCGACUCUGUCCCACCAAUGUAUCCUAUUCCUUAUGUCCCAACUAGAUACGAACCAGUUUUAACAGGGAAUGUCGUAUGUUGUCCACAGUUUAGUAGCUUAAUCCAUAUCUUCCAGGGCUUCUUUUCCAUGAAAUCCGAUUAUCUGGUUUUGUCAAAUGCACUUGCCGAUCAUUGCUUCUCUGAUAUUGUUAGUAUUCUAGCAAGCAGAGGGGCAAAUAGUACAAUACCCACGCUUUGUUCUAUUAAAUCAUCUAAUCUUACAGGUGGGUCAUGCCCUGUGAAGAAUGAUUCUACUUUUGAAACAAUAGUUAACACAAGUAAAUUAGUUGAGGCCUGCAGAACCGUUGAUCCGCUUAAAGAGUGUUGCAGACCUGUUUGUCGCCCUGCAAUUAUGGAUGCAGCACUUCAGAUUUCUGGCAGGCAAAUGAUGAUUAAUAGUGACAAUAUGGCCCGGCAAAUGAAUCACACUGAUUAUCUAAAUGAUUGUAAAGGUGUUGUUUAUUCUUAUCUUUCCAAACAACUAUCGUCUCAGGCUGCGAAUAAAGCUUUCCGGAUACUAUCUGCCUGCAAAGUCAACAAAGUUUGUCCUUUGACUUUUAAGGAGCCUUCAGAUGUAAUUGCUGUAUGUAAGAAUGUAGCUGCUCCGAGUCCUACCUGCUGCAGUUCAUUAAAUACGUAUAUUGCAGAGACACAACAAAAAAUAUUAAUUACCAAUAAACAAGCUAUAAUAUGUGCAACACAAUUUGGAUCUAUGUUACGUGGAGGUGGGGUGAUGACAAAUGUAUAUGACCUUUGUGAUGUCGAUUUGAAAGAUUUCAGCGUACAAGCUGCACUUGGACUACAAGAUGGAGGAUGUCUACUUCGAAGCUUACCAGGAGAUGUAAUAUUUGACAAUUCAUCUGGCGUUAGCUUUACAUGUGAUUUAAGUGACAAUAUUGCUGCACCCUGGCCCUCAUCAUCUUCAUUUACAUCCCUAUCAUUCUGUGCACCCGAGAUGUCAUUACCAGCAUUACCAAUUUCACAGUCAUUGAAAAACAUGGGUUGUAAUUCUACUGGAGUGGGUUUCCUUAUUAUUAUAUUUUCAUUUUUUGUCAGUACUGUUGUACUGAGAUUUUAG